AUGAAUUUCGCAUUUAUGAUCUUACAUUAGGCAUAAUCGAAAUGGGUGCAUAUAAAACCGCUGAUGAUAUCAUUGAUUCUAUUGGACCUAUGCUUGAAGAAUUUGGUUUAGAAAAAAGUAAAAUAUUAAGUAUAACUACAGAUAAUGGCUCUAAUGUCAAAUUAGCUGUUAUACGAUUAUCAGCAAGACUUUCAGUAUCAAAUCCAAUUGCUAAUAUUUUUUGUACUGCGCAUACGUUGCAGCUAAGUGUUGAAGCAGGUUUAGAGGUUGCACGAAACUUACUUACAAAAUGUAAAGCAUUAAUUUCACUUUUAAGUGGAGAAAAAAAAAGAAAACAAUUAAGAGAAGCUCAAUUCAGGAUAGGCAUAUUAAAAGCUAACAUAGUUGAUCUCGAACGGCCAAUUAAAUGGCUAACCAAUGACCUUGAAAAUUCAAACAACAAUAAUCAUCAUUAUAAUGGUGUUAAUAUUCGUGACAAGUUAUUAUCAAAUAAAGAAUUCAAUAUUGUAUGGGCUCUUGUUAAACUUUUAUGCCCAUUUGAUAAAGCCACUGAAAUUCUUUCCGGAUCGAAUUAUGCUACAUUAAGUAUUAUGGUUUCAACAAUUGAAGAAUUAGUUUAUCGGCUAAAUAAUACAAAUAGUGAUUUCAGUAUUGUAAAUAAG